AUGAGGACAUUCUGGCCUGCGAUCGCGGCGCUGCUGGGCGCACAAGGGGUUACCGCGCAAACAACAACAACGGCCAUUCCGCGCUGGUGUGGAAAGCCGUAUGAGAGCGGAUCUCCCAACAUUAACCCAGGAGGCCAGCUGGAGCCGCCCAAGCCCUCGUCGACUCCCUUGCUCUUCGUCCAGGUCGAGCCGCGACACAACAUCUACGUCUCGUCCGAGAAGACUGCUACAUUUAUUGUCGACGCCGCGCUUUCGCAGUACCAUGGCGAACCGUAUCGCAAUUCGACCCAGCAGCUGGGCGACCCAGACGUGCAGCCGUUCAACGAUUUGUAUUUCAACAUCUUACUGGAGUCGACCGACCAGGUGCUGGUCACAAACAACGUCUCGGUCAACAGCACCGACAACCUGUUCGACUUCGAUAUCAGCACGCUGAAGCCGCAGCUGGAUGCCUAUGAGAUUGUGCUUAGUGGCGCAUCUGCUGAUGGCAACCAGACAUUUACUGCAACGACCAAAUUGUUCUACCUCCCCGACAAGACGACCGGCAGUGUCACCAAGAUCGACAACUUGAACGGCGGCUUGUUGUUUAGAAACAACGCGACAAACAACGAGUUCGUCCCGUUCAUUGCAUUUGGAUUCUACACCAGCUAUGGGGGAUAUCUCGAAUUGAGUCUGGACAAUGUGAAAAAGUACUACGACCUAGGCUACAGCGCCAUCCACCCCGUGUCGUCGUACUCCCCCAACCUAACCGUCAUCCUGGACUAUUUCGAUGAACUGAAUCUGCCCUUCCAAUACGACAUGCGAGGGACCUAUCAGAACCUGACCUCGGUCGAGGAAGAAGUUAACCUGGCCAAAGACUACAGCACGCUCUUAACCUGGUACACGGCCGACGAGCCUGAUGGAAACCAAGACCCGUUCAAUGCAACGUCUCUUGCGUAUGAUACCAUUACCAAAAUCGACAAAUAUCACCCUGUGGGCGUCGUUCUUAAUUGCCAGAACUACUUCUUUGACGAAUACUCCCAAGGCGCCGACUUCUUGAUGGAAGAUGCAUACCCGAUCGGAAUUAAUGCAACCUGGUCGAAGAAAUGGGACACGCCAUGCAACACGACAUACGGAGACUGUGGUUGCGAUAACUGUCUCGGUGAACUUCAAGAUGUGUCCAACCGCAUCGAUGACCUCGCCCGGUAUCAGGAAUACUUGGGACAGUCGCCGAAGCCUAUAUGGGCCGUGCCGCAGUCCUUUGACGGCGAGCAAUACUGGGACCGCAACCCUACGGAGGACGAAACAUGGGUUAUGAAUCAGUUGAGUCUGAACCACGGGGCCAAGUCGAUCAUGAUGUGGACCUUUCCCACCCUCGAUCAUCUAGCGACUGCAAAUUCGCUGCAGUCCAAGGUCAUUACCAAGUCGCCGGUGCUUGACUUGCUGACCGGCACACAACCGCAGGCCCUGUCGAUACCAGGCCACCAGCUUCUCGAUGUAGCUUAUUGGAUCGUGGGUAGCCAGGCCUUGGUCAGUGUCGUGAAUCUGGCUUACGCCGAGACGUCAUCGGAAAUAUCCAUCCAGCUACCCUUUGAUGCAGCUGCUAUUUCGUCGACUCCAUGGGGCUCUGUUGAUUGGAAAUUGUCUGGGAAUGCCCUCGAGGUCCAGGGACUGAAUGCAACUGCCACCAGUCUUGUGAUCCUAGAUCUGUAG